GCCGCUCUUGCGAGCCUGGGAAGCUGCGCGUGCGUGUCGCCGGCAGAGAGCAAAGAUGGCUUCCGGGCUGGCGAGCAAAGCGUAUCGGUUGAUUUUCCGUCGCACCUCCACCUUCACGUUCGCGGUCGUCGUGGCCGUCUUGUUCUUCGAGCGGGGUUUCAACCAGGUCACGGAUGCUUUUUUCGACCACCACAACGAAGGGAAACUAUGGAAGCACAUCAAGCACAAGUAUGAGAAACCUGCUGAAGAGAGCAGCUGAAUUCCUGCCGAGCUUUUUCUGACCUUCAGAACAACCUCUUCACCUUGACCAUGAAGGAGUGGCAAAAGAUCACCUGUACCAUCUGGAGCUGGAGGGCCUGCUCUCGAGAGUGAAACAAAAGCUACCUGGACUCAUGGGCAUCAUAUUCUGAAAUGUCACUUAAUAAAGUACAUUCUAAGAUGUGAACAUU